AUGGAGGCGGAGGCGUUGGCCGCGUCCAUGCCAGCCCCGGGCAUCUCGACCGCCAUGACUUUGGCCCUGGAGACGGCACGGUGGAUGGAGGAAGCGAUGCGCAUGGCCAAAGACGCCCUCGAAAAUACCGAAGUCCCUGUUGGCUGUCUUAUGGUCUACAACAAUGAAAUCGUGGGGAAGGGAAGAAAUGAAGUGAAUCAAACCAAAAAUGCUACUCGACAUGCAGAAAUGGUGGCCAUUGAUCAAGUCCUAGAUUGGUGUCAACGAAAUGGCCAGAGUCCUUCUGCUGUGUUUGAACGUACCGUGUUGUAUGUCACUGUGGAACCCUGCAUUAUGUGUGCAGCUGCUCUCAGCCUGAUGAAAAUCCUGCUGGUCGUCUACGGCUGUCAGAAUGAACUAUUUGGUGGCUGUGGCUCCGUUCUAAAUGUUGCCUCUGCUGACUUACCAAAUAUGGGAAAACCAUUUCAGCGCAUCCCUGGAUAUCAGGCUGAGGAAGCUGUGGAACUGUUAAAGGCCUUCUACAAGCAAGAAAAUCCUAAUGCACCAAAAUCAAAAGUUCGGAAGAAGGAAUUUCAGAAAUCCUGA